AUGGCUUUGACGUGUUUUGGUAACGUGUUGAUCUCAAUUUUAGUUAUAAUGAGUAUUGCGUCUUCUCUUCAAUUAGUGAGUGCCUCAUCAUCCAUGGAAUUCCAAGUUGGUGAUACUACUGGUUGGACAGUUCCUCUCCAAAAUGACACCAUUUUUUACAACAACUGGGCUUCCGCUAUGAGAUUCAAAAUCGGCGACACUAUCCGUUUCAAAUACAAGAAGGAUUCAGUGAUGGAGGUGACGGAUAAAGAUUACAACAAAUGCAACUCAACACAGCCCCAUUUGUUUUCCAACAGUGGGAACACCGUGUUCACAUUGGAGCAUUCUGGCUAUUAUUAUUUCAUAAGUGGAGCAGCAGGACACUGUGAGCGAGGACAACGAAUGAUCCUAAGGGUUAUGGUCCAGGAUGUCAUACCUACUUCUCAUGCACCAUUCUCAUUCCCAAUCUUUCAACUACUUCUUUUCCUUUCACUUUGUCUACUAGCACUUGUUUAA